AUGGCGCCCAAAACCACCGCAGUCGCGACCAAAGUCGCCACGGACUCCGCCUCGCGCCUCGAUAGCGCCCAGACUCUCCGCGCCUCCACCGCCCUUCUUCGCAAAAUCCAAAGCGACGUCGCCGGAAAGGAAUCCACCGCCGAAAAGACCAACCUCCUCGAGGACGCCGACGACGAAGAUGCUUCUGAUGAAGUGCCCCUCUGGCUCGUUCUCACCACCAAGAAACACAUCGUCGACAAGAAGCGCCUGAAGCCUGGCAAGAUCGUCCUUCCUCAUCCAUACCUCAACACCGAGCGAGAAGGUCUCAGGAUAUGCGUUAUCACAGCCGACCCUCAGCGAAGAUACAAAGAUUUGGUAGCUGGCGCAGGGUUUCCAAUCGAACUGAGCAAGAAGAUUGGACGGGUGAUUGGGCUGGAGAAGUUGAAGUCGAAGUACAAGAGCUAUGAGAGCAGACGGCAGCUGAGGGAUGAGUAUGAUGUUUUCCUGGCGGAUGACAGGAUCGUCACGUACUUGCCAACAGUGAUGGGCAAGGUCUUUUACAAGGGUGGUGCGAAGAGGCCGAUUCCGAUUUCGUUGGAGGGCAAGAGGGAGAAUGUGGAUGAGAAGGGGAAUAAGCGACAGAAGUUGAGCGAGGGAGGUAGUAAAGUUACGAAGAAGGAGGCUAGGUCGGAGGAUGUGGCUCGUGAAGUUCAGAAGACCCUCAACAGCGCUCUCGUACACCUCGCACCAAGCACAACCACUGCGAUCAAGGUCGGCGUCGCAAGCCAGAGCGCAGAGGAAGUGCAGGAGAACGUGCAAGCCGUGGUGGACGCCAUGGUGGAGACGUACGUUCCCCAAAAAUGGAACAACGUCCGAAGCAUACACAUCAAAGGCCCCGACACUGCAGCUCUGCCAAUCUGGCUCGCAGAAGAGCUCUGGACAGACGAGAAGGACGUUCUCGAAGAAGCCCCCAAAGCGAACGUCGGCAAGAAGAGGAAGCGAGGCGCAUUGGCCGAAGCCGCAGCGAGCGAGACUACCAUCGAAGUUCCCGGACCCGACGGCCAGAUGAGAAGGUUGGAGAAGCCCAGUUCGAAGCGUAAGAGCGUGGAGGCGAAAAAGGAGGUCGAGCCUGAAGCCGUUCCGGCGAAGAAGCGGAAGAGCGAGUCGAAGGAGGAUGCUGAGGCGAAGGCUGCUGAGAAGGCGGAGAAGGCCGCGAGGAAGGAGGCGUUAAAGAAGGAGAAGGAGAGUGCGAAGGCAGAUGUUAAGACGAAGAGUAAAGCUGCGAUGGGCACGGCGAAGGCUGGGAAGAAGAGCAAGGCGAAGGCGUGA